CUAGCAUGGCGUGGCCCUGCAUCAGCCGCCUGUGCUGCCUGGCGCGGCGCUGGAACCAGCUGGACCGCUCCGACGUGGCGGUGCCGCUGACCCUGCACGGCUACUCAGACCUUGAGAACGAGGAUCCGGGCUCGGGGGGCGCCGCCGUGGGCAGGGGCCCGUCUCCCGCCGUCGUCGCCCGGGACCCUGGCCGGGAUGUGCCGAUCACUCAGUACCAGCGCGACUUCGGCGUGUGGACAGCGCCCGCGGGGCCCCGGGACGCAGGAGCCCGCGAUGCGGCCCAGGGAUGCGGGCCGGGAGGUGGCGGCCGCCGGGGCCGGGGCUCGGCGCCCCCCGCCCGGAGGGUCUACGUGAUGCCCCUCGGCGACGCGGACGCCGCCAUCGCCACCACAUCGUACAGGCAAGAGUUCCAGGCUUGGACCGGGGUGAAGCCCUCAAGAUCCACAAAGGCAAAACCACAAGUCAUCACAACCCACACCUCUGGAUGGGAUGGCAGCCCUGGGCCAGGCUUCCAGGUCCCUGAAGUGAGAAAGAAGUUCACGCCUAACCCAUCAGCCAUCUUUCAGGCUCCAGCUCGGAGGAUUCUCAAUGUGUAAUGGCCCUGGCAGGUGGGCAGCAGACCCCAUGCUGCCAGAGUGCCGUCGAGCAGGCUCAGGCCCUACUGCUGCUGCCAGGGCCCCGGGCUGGGAGCCGGGCUUAGUCCUAUCAGGAGGGGCCUGAGUGCUGACUGGCGUGCAGCAGAGGUACAGGGAACACGCCUUCACCAGCUCCACUUGGCCUCACCAUCCUCAAGUGUGAGGGCUUCCUGUUUCCAAUUGCCAAUUGGCCUUCUUGGGCUUUUACAUCUCAGGAAGCUGAGGAAUAGUGGAUUUAUCAGGUCCUCAGCAGAACCAGUCAGGCCCACUUCGGGUGUCUUUCCCUGGUUGCAUGAUAGUUUCAUUAACCUUACAGCCUACGGUAACCCCAAGCAGUAGCCUUGUGUCUUCCUACAAUGGCUCUGGUGUUUAAGUCAAGGAAAGUUAUCACCUCCAAGUCAGACAGCAUGGUGACACUAAGUCACUGGGAAGACGUUUUCAAAAGAGCAGUAGGGAUCACCGGGCUUCAAAGACACUUUCUUCAUAGAGAGGAUGGUCGCCAUGUUUCAGCAAGCCAAUUUCACCAUUUCUUGGGGAUGAGUGAAUUUGAGACACAAGUGUCAUUCACCUGUGAUGGCUUCUGAAGGGUGAACCCCCUGUAUUUUAUUGCCAACUUAUGUUUUAACACAGGAAGGACUAGAAGGGAACCGCCACACAGGCCCUAGCACCAGGAGCUCUGAUGGUGGCAUGGCCUCAACCCCAGCCCCUCCCGGCCUCCUUGC